AUGGAAUAUUUAAUGCUUCUUGUCUUGCUGACAGCCGCUUCAUCUAUUGCCCUGAGCGGAGAUGAACUCAAGCAAGCCGUGGACUAUUUAAAGAACUAUGGCUACCUGCACACUCCACUGGAUAGCAUGAACCCAAAUUAUUCACCUGGGGAAAUAGUGGAAGCACUAAGAGCGUUUCAGAAGGUGACUGACCUUCCCAUAUCAGGAAAGCUAAAUGCAGCCACAGUGACAAUGAUGAACAAACCUCGCUGUGGUCUAGAGGACUCAUUUAAUAACAAAUCUCUUAAAUAUCGAGUGAUGGGUCACUGGCGAAAGAAGAUGCUAACCUACCGCAUCUAUAAUUACACGCCUGAUCUGGGGCAGGCAAAGACCCGUUUGGCCAUCCAGAAUGGUUUUAGGUACUGGAGUGAAGUUUCACCCUUAAGGUUCAGGGAGGUGAAUCGGGGAACUGCAGACAUCAAAAUCUCCUUUCACAGGAAAGACAAGUCAUGUCCAGUGCCCUUUGAUGGACGAGGACGUGUGUUGGCCCAUGCCGAUGCCCCUGAAUCAGGCAUUGUGCAUUUUGAUGAAGAUGAGUUGUGGACGGAGGGGAAGGACCACGGCUCCAACCUGAGGAUAGUAGCAGCCCAUGAGAUCGGUCACGCUCUCGGCCUGGGACACUCACAAUACUACAGCGCACUGAUGGGACCUGUAUAUAACGGAUACCGUGCCAACUUCAAGCUGCAUCCAGAUGACAUACGAGGCAUUCAGGCUUUAUAUGGAAAGCCCAAUCCAGUUCCCCCAUCCAGAAAUCCAAGCCCACCAGUGCCAGCAGGAACUGUUCCAAAUCCGUGCAAAGCCAAUAUGGAUGCAGUUAUGUUAGGACCGCUGCGUAAGGCAUAUGUCUUCAGUGGUCAGUAUGUGUGGACGGUGUCCAACACUGGCUAUAACACUCCCAUCCUGAUCUCUGUGCUGUGGAAAGAGCUGCCAGGGAAACUCAAUGCAGCUGUUCACUCUCAGCGGACUGGCAAGUCCUACUUCCUGAAAGGGGACAAAGUGUGGAGAUACACAGGCUUCAAACUGGACCGUGGCUUCCCCAAACUCCUGGCCAACAUUCCUGCAAAUGUUGACUCUGCCUUGUACUUACAUAAGAACCAAAAACUGAUCUUCAUUAAAGGCGCUGGAUACUGGCAGUGGGAUGAAAUCGGACCAACAGACUUAAGUUCUUACCCCAAGCCUAUCGGGCAGCUCUUCCACGGGAUACCCAGCAGCCCCGAUGCUGCUUUUACAUGGACGACUGGUCAUAUAUACGUGUUUAAAGGCACCCAGUUCUGGCGUGUGAACAAGCAGCACCAGGCAGUAGAGAAGGCCUAUCCUCUGAGCACCGCGAGACACUGGAUGCAAUGUGACGAUUAG